GUGAUGUGAGAGUUGUAACGGCUCCGCUCGCGCUUCAAUGUUGCAGGCAGCGUGGAAUCAGAGCGCGCGAGCGUAUGGGAGGAGAGCGUGCACGAGUUUGGGGUUCCCAAAUAACGGGAACAAGCAGACAGAGCAAAACACGCAGGCGGAUGGACGAAAUGAUAGGCAAGUGAUCUUAAAAACCGGCGACGUAGCGAGCUCGUUUCCCCCGAUGUUUUCGUGCUUUGUUUGUUUGCCUUGUUUAGUUAGCCUAUUUAUCGAUUGAUUGCGUUUUAAUUACUGGCUUGUGACAAGGUGCGCGGGAGGAGGGGCGAAUCCGGCGAGCACGUUGAGUUGCCUUAUUUUUGUAUGGAUUUUAUUUAAAUUUGCCAAAGCAAUGACAUUUGAAUGCAGCCGAUUUUAACCACGUUUAGUGGACUUUGUGCGAAUGAAUGUGUAGCCUGUAGCUGCUAGAAUAAGGAGGAGAGCUGUAGUGGAGCUAGACCAAAUAAAUUCACCAAAAAUGCACCACAUAUCCAAGUAAUAACACAAUAUCCGCUGUCUUUUGUACGUUUACAGUCAGGGUGUGAAAUAUUUGUGUCUUUAUUAGAGCAAAUGCAGAAUCGUCAGUUCAUUUUACAAGCAUAACCAAAGUUAACGCGACUGCGAGCAAGGGGCGAAGCACAGGCCAGCUCUUCAGAGACAGAAAGACUAGAUAGAGAUGCAGUCCUCAACCUUCGUAAAAAAAGUAAAUCUAUGCGUCUGAGUGACAGAUAUAUGUCAAACAGAACUAUUAUACCAAAUACUACAGCUUAAUACCAAAACAAUUAGACAAACAUUAAAGUAAUUGUGAAAUGAAAUAACCCACGUUUGUCUUGUUCCAGUCAGUCUAUCCGCCUGUGUGUGCGCGCUGGGAAAAUAGGCUAUAGUCAGGCUGCGCGCAUCUGGGUAUCUAUGCACGUCGACCAAAAGUAAAUACAAGCGAAUAGGAAGGCUAAAAAUAUAAAAUGUAACUGGAAAACAUACGUAUAAACGCUACAUAGAGUACAUCUUACAAAUAAGCCCAUUAUAUGCCAGAAUUGUCUAAAAGCUCUCUCCCUGGAACGCAGACGGAACCAAGCGAUUCAAGUGUUUAAAAGACUCUGCUUAAAUUGCAAAGAAAAGCAGCUGAUAAGAACUAGACAAGAAGACGGAGGAUCAUGUUUGUUCCUUUGCCGAUGCCGUUUGUUUUGCCGAGAACUGCCUCUGAUCUCCACGCCUGGCGCCUCAAGUCCCCGCUGGCUCUGCGCUCUCACUCCGAUAUCAGAAUGUCAAAACCAGUAGAGGUUGAGAAUCCAGCAGCAGACUCUCCGAUGGAGAGCACAGACUCAGAGAGAAAUGGCUCAGAUUCUAAUAAUCAGGUUCAGUCUAUGAAAAUCAAUCCCUUCUCCCUUUCCCCUACACUGAGCAAUGCCACCAAGGCUAAAGUGGAGGAUUGUGGUGAAAUGUCUCCAGCUCCUGUACAAACUACAUCCGCUCAGACGGCCCUUUCCCACACACAGCUGAUGCUAGCUGGCGGCCAGCUUGCAGGAUUGACUGCACUCUUGCCUGCACAACAGCAGCUGCUCUUACAGCAGGCGCAGCUCCUCGCCGCAGCUGUGCAGCAGUCACACGCAGCCCACGCGGCCAAUCAACAGCAAGCACAGCAGCAGGCCAAUCAGCAGGCAGCUCAAUCGCAGUCACACGGCCAAUCGCAGAGCACACAAGAACAAAACGCCGCCUCCGUCCCGCCCCCUCCUCACCAGCUCCCUCUAUCUCAGCCAAUCCAGCUCACUGCCCAGGACAUUCAGCAGCUGUUGCAGCUUCAGCAGUUGGUUCUUGUUCCAGGACACACUCUGCCUUCACCUGCUCAGUUUCUAUUACCACAAACACAACAAGGGCAGCAAGGGCUGCUAUCAACACCAAAUCUAAUUCCACUACCUCAGCAAAACCAAGGAAGCCUGCUGGCCACUCAGCCCAGACUUAGUCUUCAAGCACAGAGAGAAAAGGUUGCGGAGAGCACAGGAACUCCAGUGACCUCACAUUCUGAGGAACCAAGUGACCUGGAGGAACUGGAGCAAUUUGCCCGCACAUUCAAACAGAGAAGAAUCAAAUUGGGCUUUACACAGGGUGAUGUGGGACUGGCCAUGGGGAAGCUUUACGGGAAUGAUUUCAGUCAGACCACCAUCUCCCGAUUUGAGGCACUCAAUCUCAGCUUCAAGAACAUGUGCAAACUCAAACCCUUGCUGGAGAAGUGGCUCAACGAUGCAGAGACAAUGUCAAUGGACAGUACCCUGCCAAGUCCCAGCGCUCUCUGUUCUCCCUCUCUCGGCUAUGACGGCAUUCCAGGACGGCGCAGGAAGAAACGCACCAGCAUUGAGACCAACGUCCGUGUCGCUUUGGAACGCAGCUUCAUCACGAACCAGAAGCCUACCUCAGAGGAAAUCCUGCUCAUCGCAGAGAAGCUCAACAUGGAGAAGGAGGUGAUCCGCGUCUGGUUCUGCAACCGCCGACAGAAAGAGAAACGUAUUAACCCCUCCAGUGCCACCCCUCCCUUGCCCAGCCAAUCCCAGCCCACCUCGCACAAACCCCCCUGCUACAGCCCGCACAUGAUGGUCAGUCAAGGUCCAUCCCAGACAGUGACCAGUCUCAGUACAGCAGUGACCACCAUGUCAUCAGUUUGCCCUCUGACCCCAAGUGGACCUUCCUUAAGCUCCGCCCCAUCUCCGGUGACCCCGCCUCCCCGCAGUGACACUAGCCCUGCCCCUCCGAGUCACAGCACACUAAGUCUAAACGCAGGUUCUUGGCAUAAAAAGAACGGCGACGUUUCAAACUACAUCACUGAUUUUGCUGCGGCUUUGAGGAAUGCGGUGAGGGGUGUUAACACAGGAAUGAACCAAGCUUUUCUUGCAAACAACCCACUAGCUACUAUCCAAGCACUAGCAGCCAGUGGUGGCCAGCUGCCCAUUUCCAGUCUUGAAGGCAGCAGCAAGGUUUUAAUGGGUGGUUCUGGGGCUCAAGGAGCAGGUCUCCCCUCUUCCCUUUUCCUUAACCACACCUCUCUGUUGCCCAUGGCGACAGGCACCGGAAUGGGAUUGGGCGGUUCAGCUAUGGGCCAAGCAGCCAAAACAUCAUUCCCAUUUACAGGCGGCAUGAGUCUUUCCCCUUGCUCAAGCCCCACCUCUUCCUGCUCUUCCAGCGAUUUGGUACACAGCCCACACUCGAUGGGAGGGUCUAAAAUUGAGUGACAUUACCCGUUGGCCAAUCACAGGAGGAAAGGAGGAGAAGGUGAAACUUCACCUGUUAACCAAAGCAUCUUUUUGAUCUCCUUCUUCCCGUUUCUCUUUUACACGCUCUUUCUUCCUCUCUCCCACUCUACCGAUGCCAAAAAUACACUGAGUACAAGAGGGGAGAGAUGGAGAGACAGAAUGGAGGGAGAAAGGAAGAGGAGGAACUACGAAACCAAAAAAAAAACACCGCAAGGCUUAGCAGGACGCAGCCAAAUACAUAACUAAUAAGAAAACAAAGAAGAAAAAGCGCAGCGUGAAGAGGACAAAGUGAUCCUUGGAAUCUGUCUGCACCAAAAACAAACUUCUACUGUGUUGUACAACAAUAACAAAGAAUAAACUUCAACUCUUUGAAGCUGACACGCCGAGUACUGAAUACCAAAAAGUCAAAUGAAACUUUAAGAGACUCACUAUGACAAAAAAUACAAGCAUACCAAAAUCUCAAAUGCCAAAAACAAACACCAAAAAUACGGAUGGAAAAGCUUUAUCCAAAGGACCUGUAAAUAGCCAACCGUCCAGGACCAGUGACACAAGAACUUAUCAUCUGCCAUAAAAUCAUGCUGUGUGUCAUGUUAAUACAAUUAUUUUCAGCAUUAGUUUUGACUACAUCUGAGCCAUGCUUUCAUGUUUUCGUCUUGAUUCUCCAAUCCUUCCUCUUUCCAGCCUCAUAUUUAACAAAACAUAGCAGGUUUUUUAUUUUUAUGGUCAUCAUCAUCAUCAUUUCAUGUCAUAUUAGUAAGUAGAGUACAGGGUGUUUAGUCCUGUCUCUCUUUCUCUGUAAGAGUAUUCAUACUUCUAGUUAAGUGUAAAUACGCUCAUGUCUGUCUCAAUAAUGUUUAUCCCAUUUGUCAUCCAUCACUCACCUGCUCCCGUUUGAAUACCAAAGCGAUUCAUUCAUACACACGAUGCAGGGAGCGAUCAGGUGCCCAAACCGUGGCCACUCCCACUUAUAGACACAUGGGAGAUGUCUCGUGAAGAAGACGCCAGAAGUCCUCUCUGCUUUUUUACAAGCCAAAAAUGAAACCAAACUUCACAGCCAGUCAAACUUCCACUAACCCAGAACGGAAAACCAAACCAAAUAUAAACGGAGAGUAACAACGUCCCUUCAUGCAUUUCUGGACCGAGGUCACCCAGAACCUUGUAGCAAGGGAUACAAUUGAGAUCCACCUUCCUCCGCCUCCCGUCAUUCAAACUCUUCCUGGUCCUGGGUGGCGGGAACUUUGAUGACCUCACUGAACUCAUCUGAUAUAGAUGUUUAGGGUUUGUUUGGGGGUUGAAAGGGUUGUUAUUUUUUUUCGGUCUUUUGUUCCGUCUGUCUCUUGUCGUGGGGUUUUUCGAUGCGGUGCGUGUUGAUGCUGUAAUUCUUCAUUUGCGUGCUUUCGUUUGAGAAAAAAGGUAUUGCCGAAAUCUCAUUUUUACGUUCCCUACUCGUUCCUAUCUAGUUGUGUUAGAGACUCUAAUCAGGUGGUUGAAACAAUACUGUGAACAUUCAGUAGUUAACCAGGAUAAACACACGCUCGAGUGCAUCCAAAGAAACCAAAUAUACAGUAAGCAAGCUUUAAAGAGAACCAAAUAACAGAUACUCCGCCAUUUACAUAUUCUCAUCCACGACCGUACAGUUGUAUUUAUAUUGUGCUAUAAUCUGUAGCAGGAACGAGGGAUGGUUAACAUGAACUCGGUUCUUUGCGUCACCGUAUAGUCAGAAUGGGUCGGUUAGUGCUUCUAUAGAUUUUGUAGUAAAUGAUCUAUGUUAUUAUGCUUACUUAUUGCUAAUGUAUGGAAGAUAAACUUUGUGAAAAGAUGAAAAAAAUGUCGCUAUUUACUUAUAGACCAAAAAUUCACACUAUCUCUCUUUUUUGGGUUUUUGUGUCUUCUUCCUCCCCCGGUUUCUUUAUUUAUUCUCCUCUUGCUGGAGUUUCCUAAUUUUUUAUAUUUAUUAUUUAAUAUAUUACAAAUGCUGUUUUGUAGUGGGUGUGUUUGAGGCACCAGAUUGUAUUACAAUGUAAACUUCCUUUGCCAAGGCAACCUUUCGAACCAAAUCCAUCGACAAAUGCAACCGUCGGUCCUAAUCGACCGACCGCAACAGCACAGGGGUCGACGCUCGUCUUCUCAACCCCGUAGCUGUACUGGACUGUGGAGGGGUAACCUAUCAGGGGAAAAAGCAGCACUGCGUUUCAAAAUGUUGCGGUAGCGUCCGUUCACAACAGUAACCUUCAAGAGUUCGAGCAUGCACUGCCACGGUGAGAUUAUAUAAUCACAAUUGUAGAUCUUGCCCAGACAGCUCACCUGUUUUUAGAUACCGCAUUGUAUCUCCACAUAGCUACCCGUCUCACCAAAGAUGAUGUUACUUGUUGCGUUGCUAUGGUUACUGUCGUGACGGCUACCACGCUUGUGAUGAUGUUGCGCGCAGUGCUGCCGUUAGCCUUGACCUGAAAGCUUUAAACAGCUACAAAACCAAAAACUUUAGGAGAGAAAAGAUGGAGGUAUUCGGGUGAAAGGGGUUUCCGUAGCGCGGGAGGGGGGAGAGGAUACAGCAAAAUAUAUGUAUUGUACGAUAGCAGAAAUGUAUCUCCAUCUUCCUCUCUGCCUCACUUCUCCUCUUUUUCCUAUUUCUGUUUUGAUUUUUUGUGUCUGUCGUUUCGUCUCUUGGGUAGAGGGUGUGAAAGAGAGAUAGUUCCUCGUAUACCUCACGUUCCUCAAUGACAAACCAAAUCGAUGAAUGCUUUAAACCGAGAGGCGGGCUGCAUCCGAAAGAAGCGUUCUGAUUGGCCAGAGCUAAGGGAUCGGAUGAAGGCGCUCACGAACGCCAGUAAUGAACAAAAACGCUCUGGUCUGUUCACUUUCUCGGCCCUGCACCAGCCGCUGGGAACACUUUUCCAGUCACCAAACACAGGGCAAGAUGUGACACACACACACGCAUAUAUAUGUACCUGUAUUGUGUAUGUAUAUACUGUAUAAAUCAGACAGGUGACUUAGAGGAAGUGGUGACUGUUGUUGCUAGGUGACAAAUUUUAUGUCUUAAAAUGCAGCAGAUAUCUUGCUUUAACUUUCUCUCGCUGUCUAUUUCACCUUUAUAGUCAGGAUCUUAAAAUUGAAAACUGUUGAUAUGCAAGCAAUGGCUGUAGUGUAAGGGAGUGUGUAUUUAAAGUGUGGAGUCUCUUAAUGGUGUGAAUCCCCAGAGCAUGAUACCAAAGCAACACCCCAUUCUGAGACCGAACACGACACACACACACACACUUUCUGAAAAUAUGCUCAGAUUCUUCUGUUUAUGAUGGAUUUGCUACAUAUGAAUCUAAUACAGUAUUAGAGAACAUUUCGCAUAAAGACGACAACAAGCAAAGUCUGACCAGGUUAAGAGAAGUGUAAGUUAGAUACCUUGCUUAACUCGUUUUCUUUUUCUGUAUAGAUAAACAUGAAAAGCUUUAGUCCAAAGGUGUUUAAAAGUUUUUUUGUUUUUAUAUAUAAAUAUAUAGCAAAGAACUUAAACACUUCUAGUUAAACCAAAGAGGUACACUAACAUCCUAUUUUUUGUCUCGUUCCCUGGUCACCUAGCAACCCAGUUUCUGAAAGUAUAACCUCAACACAUACAUUGAUAAUGAUGAUGAUGAUGAUUAAAUGUAUAUUUUGAAUUAUUCAUUAUAUGGGGGAAAGUGUCAUGAUGAUGAAAGAUUGGGUUAUUUUUUCUUAGUGAUUUGUCCACGUUCCCUGCUCACCAUGUGUGGGUGCAUCAUUGUCUGUGUGUACAUAUGUUCAUGUAAGCAUGUUACACACUCUGGACUCCUAGUUGACAAAUGCAGUUAUUUUGGGAGUGUGGAUGAAUGUGGGUGUCUAUUUUGAUGUGUGUUGUCACGUUUUUACCCUUUUCAUUGGUUUUCUUUACUUUCCAGUUGAAUUCUUCCUGGGUUGAAAAGUUCCUUCUUUCUUUCUACUGUCUCUCUCUCUUUUCCUCCCUAUGGUUAGCCUUUCGGUGUAAUUAUCUCUGAAACCAAAAAAUAGUUGACAAAUAACUUGCUUGUUCAUUGUACAGUGUUGUUCAUUUAAAGUCAUUUUUGUAACUGAAAGUGUGUUUCACUCAUCUGAAUAAAAACAGUAGAGAGAAAAACGCAUGAAAA